AACAGACAGAUCGGAAUCCGGCAGAAAAGCACGUGGGUCGCCUGUGAAUGUCUGAAAUAUUGAGAAAAUGAACGAGUUAAUGGAGAAAUAUGCUGCUAGAUCGACGAAUACAUAUCAAUUAAAUAAAUCGGAGAUAUUAAUAAUUUAGUUUCACUGGAUUAAAGCGGCUGACAUGUUUUUGGCAGCUUGUACAAAUCACUUGUUCAGUUGUGCUAAAGGGCACAUACACAGAUUGAGUGUCAGAUGCAACUACAGUUGGAAUUAUAGAAGAGCUGCAAACUUACAGCUGAAAAACACUAAAUCUGAACUCGGAUGUUUCCAGAGACUCAGGACAAGAUGCUUGAACCCUUCACCUUUGACCUCUGUCACCUGUGGACCUGCUGGAUCAACCUCACCAACACAUGUGGACAUUCAUAGAGGAGAGAAUGAAAUAUCUGAUCAUCUCACCUCUGUUAUAUGUAGAUCAAAACGACAUACAAAUCACUACAGUCUCCAUCUGCCCUUGUCAAGCAGUAGAUUUUGUGCUUCAAAUGGAUUUUGCACGAAUGCUUCAGGAAAACCAGUACUGGAUGAAAAAUAUUCUAAACAGGAUUCAAGGGAAAAGGAUGAAGAUCAAGGAGCCUCCUCUACAUCAACUCCAUCUAAUGAGGGACAUUUCCAGUUUAAAGAGCUGUAUGAGAAUCCAUGGACAAUCCCCAAUUACCUCUGCAUGGCCCGGAUCAUGCUGUCACCUGUUAUUGGAUACUUGAUAAUGGAGCAAUACUUCCACGUGUCCCUGGGGCUUUUUUUACUGGCCGGAGCAACAGACUUGUUGGAUGGCUACAUCGCUCGUAACUGGCCCAAUCAGAAGUCCGCUCUGGGCAGCGCUCUGGACCCAUUGGCUGAUAAGAUACUCAUCAGUGUGCUCUAUGUUAGUCUGACAUAUGCUCAACUCAUCCCAGCUCCACUGACAGCGCUGGUCAUAUCCAGAGAUAUAGUGCUGAUCGCUGCUGUCUUCUAUGUGCGGUAUAAAACAGUUCCUCCUCCAGUAACACUGAGCAAAUUCUUCAACCCCUGUUACACCACUGCCCGACUAAAUCCAACGCUCAUUAGCAAGAUCAACACGGCAGUGCAGUUGUUUCUGGUGGCCGCGUCUCUCGCCUCACCCGUGUUUCACUAUACUGACAGUGUUUUACUGCAGUCACUGUGGUACAUUACCGCACUGACGACCACAGUUUCUGGUUACAGCUACUAUCAUUACGGUAAAAAGACUGUUGAGGUGUUGAACAACCGGAAAUAGUUUAACAGUGAUCUGUAGAGCUGGAUGUGACUUUUGACAAAGACGUCCGGGAAUGUUUGGGAUAAUCAGAUUCAUACUAUAAACUGAUGACUUAUUGUCUUAUUUGGGAGCUGAGACAAAUUAGUCUGUGUACAAAAAUAAAAAACUUUCAUUUGA